AUGCCAGCAAAAUUCACACUUAUUUGUAUAAUUCAUUUAAUAAUUGAAAAAGGCAUUACAGAACACAUUGUGAGAGAAGCAAUCAUUAUAUUAAGGAGAGAAACAAACGUAAACUUAGAACUAAGAAUAAUUACUUUUUUUCCUAAAAAUUCCCAAGUACCAAGAUGGAUUCCUCUUUUCUCUGAUGGAAAUAUCUUAAGAUUUACUGGAAAAUUUGCACUUUCAAAAGACCCUUAUGAUACUAUAGAAAUGACAGCAAAUGCAGCUGACCUUAUAAAUAUCGGUCGAGACAAUUUGCCAAUCAGUUCUAUUUCUCUAAACAUAACUGAAUUUGCUAGAAGUUCACAAGGUAGACCCACAGGAAGAACAUUCUGUAUUAAAUGUAGAUACUUGAAAUCUGAUAGACGAAUUGAGAAAAAAGCAACCAGAAUCAGAAAAAAUUCAAAUUUAAUGAUCACUGGCGAGAUGAUCUCAAUAAAUAUCGAAUCACCAACUGGAAAAUCUACUUCAUCUCUAUAUUCCUGGCCAGCUGGACAAUUUUCAGAAAGAAUUUCUGCACAAGUAAUGACAAGUAUUGCAUCAAACACCUAA